CUAUUACUAAAAUCUCCAAUCCCCAGGCACCAGUAGCAGACAAAAUUUAGCACCACACUGAUAAAUGCAUAUCACCGACUGACUGAUACAUAUAUUUUUUCCUGCAGCAUCUAUCUGGCGUCAUCAUCAGGCGCCCGUAUUUACUUCUGGUCCAGUUAGUUGCUGCUGAUGCCUGCUGCGAUGGAAGUAAACAGGGACGAAGCGGAGCGCUGCAUUGACAUUGCAGCGGCCGCCUUAACCAACCAACAGCCGGACAAGGCGCAGAGGUUCCUGGAGAAGGCGCAGAGGCUCUUCCCGACAGAGAAAGCCAAAGUAUUGCUGGAUGUAAUAGCAAAGAAUGGAUUUACACCCAGACAAGAUAUCCAUUCAGACUUCAGCGGGGUGUCGGAGCCUCCACAACAGCAGAACAUAAAGGAGAACGCCAGACCUGAAGAAAAGCCUGCAGAGUCUUCAAAAUCCUACAUGGCUGAUCAGCUAGAAGCUGUGAGGAGGAUAAAACAAUGUAAAGACUUUUAUGAAAUUCUCGGGGUGUCGAAAGAUGCCUCAGAGGAUGAACUGAAGAGAUCGUACAGAAAACUUGCUUUGAAAUUCCAUCCAGAUAAGAACAGCGCUCCUGGGGCAACAGAGGCAUUUAAAGCUAUUGGCAGCGCGUACGCUGUUCUGAGCAAUGUUAACAAAAGGAGACAGUACGAUCAGUGUGAAGAAGAGAGAAGACAUCCUUCCAGACACGGCCCAGACAAUGGAAACUUUGAGCCGGAUAUUUCACCUGAAGAGCUCUUUAAUAUGUUCUUUGGAGGAGGUUAUCCAUCAAGCCAUGCUCACGUGUACAAUAAUGGGCGGAUGCGUUACCAAAGGCGGGAGAGAAGAGAGCGACAGCAAGAUGGAGGUCUCGCCCUCUUUGUGCAAGUCAUGCCCAUCCUCAUCCUGGUUAUUGUGUCAGCUCUCAGUCAGAUAAUGGUCAACAGCCCCUCCUACAGCCUCAGCUUCAGGCCGUCAGCAGGUUACUCACAGAAGAGGCUGACUGAGAACUUGAAGGUGCCAUAUUAUGUGGGGGAGCAGUUCUCCAAAGAGUUCACUGGUGUGAAUCUGAAAAAUCUGGAGCGGACGGUGGAGGAUGAUUAUAUUUCCAACCUUCGCAACAACUGCUGGAAAGAGAAACAACAAAAGGAAGGAAUGCUAUACAGAGCUCGCUAUUUUGGGGACAGCGAUUUAUACCAAAGAGCACAGAGGGCUCGCACACCAAGCUGCGCCAAGUUGUCCGAGAUCACAGCUUCUUUACAUGGAUGAAAAUGCUUUCAUGAUUCAAAGUUUCCAGAAUCUCUACACAGGAUUACCAGUAAUUUAUCAAGAUGCAUUUCUACAAUCUGGAGGCUGAAGAUGACUCAACAAGGAGCAGACCAGCACCACUCGUCACCAAACAGAUCACACAAACUAACUCAAACAAUUUUUGUGGAAGUCUAGUAUGUGGAAAAAAGAUAUAGCGUUAAUAUAGUGUUUUAGAAUGGAAAUGGUACUUAAAAUAGCUUGCUAUCCUCAAAAAAUGUGGGUUUGAAAAACUUUAGCUUUAGGUUACUCGCGCAACCCCGGUUCUCAGAAAAGCAUUUGUUUCGAUGGCUCACUAUGCGAUGCUCCUCCUUGGGUAUUCCUCAGAAAUAUUUAUUUCAUUAUGCCAAUCCUGAUUGGCUGAUGAUCGUAACAAACAUGUCAUUCAGAACCAACCACCCUUAAGUAGCUUGCACAAAUAAGCUAUCUUUAUUCAAGAUAAGCUAGGCAGCUAGCACCCAGUUAGCUAACACUCCUGUCUGUGGACAGUAAAGCUGGCUAGCCUGUAUUGCAGGUUGAGAGAAGAGGUGUUUGAAAAAUGACUGCAUAGUAGAGGUGAAUGAUACAAAUAUCGACUGUAUCGAUAUCAACACUGUGGUAUUGGAUCGAUACUAGUAUGAUGGAAUUCAUACUUUGUUUCUAUCCUCUAAGUUCGGUAUGUAUCCCACCGAAUUGUGUUAAAUGAAUUCUUUGGUUUGUGUAUUUUUCCAAUACAAAAAAUACCAUAGUAUAAAAACGAAACUAUUUUUUUGUGGGGACUGUUAUAUCUAUUUUAUUUAUAGCCUUUAGCACAUUUAAACAACAGAAGUUGACCCAAAGUACUUUAGAGAUAGGCACAUAUACACUCCAGAUCUUCCAAAAACCCUGUUUCAAAAUACAUGAAAAGCUGGAAGUUGUGUUGACAAAUUAUUGUGGAAAAUAAAAAUCACAGUGAUUUGGUGGUCAUUAAAACCUGUUUAGAAUUUGCUAAUUUGAUGAUGAUGUGAUCACCAAUCAAUUAGGAUUGGCAUAAUGGUUGUGAGUACACAGGCAGGUGCAUUCCAUAUCUAAACGUCAAAACGAAGAAUGAGAACGUCCAAGCACUAAUUUUGACCAGAAGCCAUCAUGCACUGGAAAAAGAACACUUUAUAUUUGUUUUGGGGGGAAUGCGGUAUGAAAACAGACCAUACUUAAGUUAUAUGUAGUCAUAUGGAUGUUAUUUAUGUAGCAAUAUAACAGAUGCCACAUUGAAUGCUGCCUCCUUAAUUUUAUGCUGUAAUUCAAUGGAGAAAAGUUUGAGGGGUUUUGAUUUUAAAUGCACAUUCUCAGACUAUGCAGUAAUAAUCUAAAACGUCAAAUGUCUAGGCUUUUUAGACACUUGAACACCUGAAAUUUGUCUUCUUCUGCUGUGUGUGAGAUAGCCACUAGGACAUGUCCCUGUCACUUUACCUCCUUUAAAUGUAUUAAGGGCAAAUAUAUAGUACAACUUCACAAUAAAUGCCAUGAGAAUGAGACGUGGCGAUCCACAAAAUGGGACUUUAACCAGUUCAAGUUGGGAACUGUCACAUCUCUGCUCAAUCUGUCGGAAAAAGCCAUUUUUUGUCACACUUUUUAAGUUUAUAGUAUGCUACUUAUUCUUUGUAUUAUUUCUUGGAGAAAUAGAUUAUAAAGAGAGGAUAAGAAAACCAUACGGAUCUUGUUCACUUCGUUUUUCCACCAUGUUUUUAAUUCCAGAUGAAAAUAAACGUGGUUGCUCAAACGUGCUAAGUGUGACUCUGCUUUGAACAGAACAGGCACAGAAUGGGAGACAAAAGCUCAGUCAGCACAUUUGGCACGUACAGUGUGCCGGCCGGCCGGCUUACAGAGACAGGGAACUAGAGACAUGGUUGCGUGCACGUUCAGCUCUUCAGUGACGUGCAAAAUGUGCCUGGCAGGAUGUGCAGUGUCACAUUCUUUCAGCACAAACACACUCAGCUGUUUUUUUUGCAGACUGCAGAUGCUGCACCUCUGAUUCAUGACUGACUUCUUCAAAUUUCACACUAGCUUUUUUUUUUUAGGUUUUUAAACUUUUGCGUCAUUGUACAUGAUGUGGCUUUAAUGGCUGCCACAUAUUCCUGUCAGCUGUUCUGCAUCGGAAUACCGUUAACCAUUGUACCUCACCGCACCAGCUGGUGUGCUCUAGUGUAGUUUGCGUUUGUAGAUUUUGCAGAAUGGGUUCACACAUGCAUGCACAUUUGAAGACUUGAUGAUGUUCAUUAGCUUUCUCUCAUUCUCAGAUCUCCACUAACUCUGUCAGUAAAGUCAACUAUGGAUCAUUUGGAUAUGAAAGAUUGAAUAAAUAAUAAUAAGAGAAAACAAACUGUUAGAAAACAAUAAUUUAUUUGCAUUCAAUAAAGGUACAAAAAAAAAAGUUCACUGAGUAUUUGAAUAUCAACCGAAGCAGGACAGGGCUGCACAACACAAGAUCAAGUUACAUUUGUAAUCUUAGCCGCGGCUUGCACAAACAAUGCACAAGGCAAGCAAGGGUAGGCCUUUCACACUUCACAAAGGUUACCAACUGUUCUCUUGGUGUACACUUCAUCAGGCUUUGGCCAAUUCAAUUAACUGUCAUGUAUAAAAAGAAAAAGAACACAAUGAACUUCAAUAAUAACUAUAACAAUAUAGCUAGCUGCCGUUGUUUAGUUUCAAUAGAAACUGAGGUAUGCACUUCCAAUACUUGUAAAUGCCAUGUCACCAGAUAUAAUGUGAUGGUUACAUGUUGUCAUUUUAAAAUCUGAAUGUCAGUGGGUGAGUAUUAGAAGCACUGCCUGCUCCAGGUACCAUAAAGUUCAGCCCCUGUACAGUGGGAACAGUAGGCUACAUCAUGACAAAGUCCAUCUGAUACACUUCAGAAUGCUUCAUAUACAUGUAAUUACACUACUAGGCCCCUUUGUGAGCUUUUAUUGUCCUCUUGUCAGCAUCAAAGCAUUUCAAUUCUUUGUAUUACUUAACAUUCCUCAAUUAGAAGAUCUUCAGAACUAUACAGCUUCUUCUUGAUCACACGGAAACCAGUGCUAAGUUUAAUAGCUUGUCUCACUACUGGAGUAGAAGGAGACUUUGUGCUAAAAAGUCCUUGAAUUUUAGGCCAAAGGCCGCCCGACUCUAGCCUCAACACCAGAGCGAGCUGAAAUGUGGGGACAAGGUAUGGGUCCACAGAUAGCUGUCCCAUGCUCUCACAGACAUCCCUUUGCUCAACGCAGAGGUCAA